AUGGAAAUUGACGCAAAACAAUUAAAACCUAAGCCCUCACACCUGAACCGCUUCUUUGACAGACUUCGUGGAAGUAAAGUGGCAAAAUCAAUCCCGCAGGACAAAGACUGCGAUGUAAACAAGGAGAAUUUUGUAAUCGGUAAUGGAAUCAGCAAAGAGGAAAGUUUUCAAAAACAGCCGCUAGAAAAUAGAAGUCCACGCGAUAAAUCACGUUCCCCCUUCAACCGGCUAAAGCAGCGUCUAUCGCUAAGAAGAAAAGCUGGGGAUCGGGUGGACGAUGUCAAACAUAACCCAGAAACAAUUGCAAGAAUGUCGAGAGAAGAGCCGGACAACUUCAGCCAAACCCCGCUCUCUGCCCCUAGAUCGGCGAUGAGCGAAAACGAUGUCCGCUUUUUGAGCUUAUCACUGGAACCGAACCCAUCCAAUGGAGAGCUUGCUUAUAAAUCUACCUACACCGGAUUCUGCUCAAAUCAGAGUACCUCGAACCAUGUGGGUCUUCAAUCAAUGAGCCUGGAUGACGUAUCGAUGGCAAAAGAAAAUGGACCCCCAGCCCGGAUCCCGUCAUAUUUACGCAUCUCUGUUGGAGCACAUGGAUACAAUUCAAAGGCAAAGCCAACCGGAAUGAUCAGCCUUCACUCUCCCCACAUUGCCACACUCUCAAAUGUGGAACGACUGAAGCUUUUCCACGAGAAAAGUAUCGACACAACCAGCCCGACAAAGAAUCAACCUCUUGAUAACGCAAACGGAAAGAUGGGCAACGCGGUGGUAAAGCCGGCAAAGGCCGGAUUCGACCGUCUCAGCGGUUGUUGGAAGAAGAACAAGGUGGAGGCCGACGAAUCGGAGCUCAAGGUCAAGCCGCAACUCGUCAUCGGACAACCGAUGGGGCAUGAGAUUAACGUGUCCUGCUGCCAUUUCGACAGUACGGGCGCUCUCAUUCCUGGUUCACUGAAUGCCUUGCUCAGGGCUGAAGAAGCUAAGGAAGUGGCGGUGGCGACGCAAGAAAUUCCACCGACCCAGGACAGAGCAGAAACGGUACACGUCGCACGUGAGGAGAAAGAACCGGCCGGCAGCAAGGGAGUUGCGACCCGAUCUAUGGCACUGGUUACGCACGACAUCGACUUUUACCAAAAAACUUAUAACGAAAGAAAAGAAGAGAUGCGGGACCGGCUGAGCUGGAUUGAAAAGAACGGUGCAGGAUCUGAGAACACCGAAGGGGAAGAGCUCAUCCGACAAGUACAAUUUGGCAUCAGCAUGCUUGAGAAGCGCAAGGGCAAGAUGAGCGAGUUCGAGGCCCUGCUGGCCAAAUAUUUGAAACCGGUUGAGGGUGAUCCACAGAUCGUUACACUCAACGACCUGGCAGGUUGGAUGGAUCUACUGGAUAUGGAGUGGCGGAAAAUCGACAUCGCAUACGCCAAACUUGUCGAAUGCCAUGCCAACAACUGGACUUCUCCAAUCGUUGCGCAGGAGUCACCGGUUCCGCCCACUGAUAGCACGCCUGCGGCAGGGCGUUCCACCCGCCGGCUCACGCCCGAACAGCUGGAGAAACGCCGGGAAGCUGAUGAAAAACGCCGCCAGUUUAUCCAAAAACUCCGAGCAAAUAAGGUGCUUCCGCAAGCCGACACGACUCGCUCUGAGGUGACGGGCACAUCUACUGAUCAA